AUGAUGAAGUUCACCAAUCUGCUGCUAUUGCCUCUGUUGCGUAUCGCCGCAGGACAGCUCAUUGGGCCUGUUGGUCCGACGACUGACCUGAAAGACAAAACGAUUGAAUGCAACAUACUGGAUUAUGGAGCGGUAGCGGACAACAAGACCGACAUAUCCACUGCAUUGGAGACUGUUUUCUCGGAAUGUGUUCGCAAACACGCGGGCAGCCGAUUGAUUGUACCCGAAGGAGAUUACCUGAUCGAGCGCGGUGUUACUCUCGUCAAUGGUACAAACUGGGCAUUCCAAUUGGAUGGACUGAUCACCGCUGCCUACGGUGGUGACUGGAACAUUGAGCGUGAGUUGCUACUUCAAGGAUUUGCAGGCCCAGAGAUUAUCAAUGCCACUAUCAAUGGGGAGGGUGAUUCUAAAUUUCUCUUAGACGUCCUCGUCAUCGUCAAUGCUGUGGAUUUCGAAUUCUAUUCUUCCAAUGGCAAGGGCGCGUUCCAAGGACAGGGCUAUCUCUACCGAAACUCUGGAAACACCGACCGGCCACGUUUGGUGCGGCUGAUCUCCCCAACGAAUGCCUCGGUCCACGACUUGAUUCUGGUGGACAGCCCUAAAUUCCACAUCAUCCUUGACUUUGCUGUCAAUGUUGAGGCAUAUCAUCUGACUAUUCGUGGAGGCAAUCUGGGCAGUUAUGAUGGUAUAGAUGCCAUUGGAACAAACUAUUGGAUCCACGACAAUGAGGUGACCAACCGUGAUGAGUGCGUUUCUGUGAAGAGCCCCUCUCACCACGCCUUGGUUGAGAAUCUAGUUUGUAACCAAGCCGGCUCGGGUAUAUCAAUUGGCAGUCUGAAUGUCUCUGCUGAGAUUUCCAAUAUCGAAGCACGCAACAUCAGCAUCAUUCAAGGCAAUAACAUUGCAUUUAUCAAGACAUAUCCUGGUGGAUCAGGCUACGUGACAAACAUAACUUUCUCGAAUUUCCGCUCUUUGGCAAGUCUCUAUGGCUUGAGUGUCAACCAGUACUGGCAGAACACUUUCGAGCCCGACACUGGUGCAGUUGCGUUGAGUAACCUGGUCUUCAAGAACUUCAGCGGCAAGUUGACUGCUACAUCUGAAUUUGGACAAACAUCUAACCGAUUUUCAGGAUCUGUUGCCGAAGGAACAAAGCGGCCACCACUUUACUUGAUUGCAAAUGAUCUCACUUUUGCUACCAAUGUCACCGUUGAAGACUUCACAGUGUGGACGGAAACCGGCACAACUGUUUUGAACAAGAUCAGCAAUAUCUUCGGCACUGGAGAUGACAGCUAUGGUACAAAUGAUGGAAUCAAGUCACUCAGUGAGGGAGAGUCGCCUUCGCCUUAUACCAGCACCUACACCAUCACAGCAUCCCCCACUAAUUGGCAGGCGCCCACCACUCCCACAUGGGCUGCACCCAGCACCGGCUAUGGAACGGCAUCCCCAAUUCCAGUGUAUAGCCCGGCUCCUCUCUGGCGCCCAGGUGGUGUGGAUUAUGAUUUGCAUUACUGGGGCAGCUUUUAA